AUGUGUAAUGCUGAAAAGAAUGAACUAAUCUCCUUUUCAGACAAUGGUGAUUUGCACCUGAAAGGUGCACCAGAUAACGACUGGAUAAUUGACCCGGAUAAUCAGGAUGGAUUGGCUCUUGUCUGGGGUGGAGUUAGAAGCACCCAUGGAAUCUUACCGAAAUGUCGGAAAAACUCGGAGUCAAGCCCUGAAUGCACUGACGAGAAUGUACGCUCCAUAGUAUUUCAAGUGAAGAUCACGGAUUUGUUACCAACGAGGCAUCUUCCAUUUGAUGAAUUGGACCCUAACGAUAUUCGUGUUGGCUUCUCUUUCCGCUCGUCACCGCUUGUGUUGGGCGAGUAUCCAGGGUCUUAUUGCUGCACGUCCUUAGGGAAAAGAGCAAACAAUAAUGUCUUCACUGACUAUGGCGACUCUUUUGGAGUUGGAGAUGUAAUCACAGCAGAAAUAAAUUUCGAAAAUGGGCAAAUUAGUUUCUGGAAGAACUCUGAAUGCAUGGGAGUAGCUUUCUCGAAUGUGACAAUCCCAGAGGAUGAAGCGGUAUAUCCCCAUAUAUGUGUGAAGAAUUGUCGUGUGUCUGUCAACUUCGGCACCUUUCCAGGAGGCGAAGAGGAGUGGCUGAAGCGUCCCGAGUGGAUAUUCCCAAACUCUCUUCCAAGCUCGCAAACGGAACGCGCACCUGUUCCACCAGAAAGCAAAUCUGACUGCACAGUGCUCAUGAUGUGA